AUGGUGCUAUUUGGGCUUCUCAGUCUCAAAACAAAUGUGGAGGUGAAACAUCACACCCACAGGCCCGUGGAGGCUUCCCGUUUUGGCGAAGGGGAAGACCCCAAACCGGGCCAAGUCCUGGGACCAGGGAAAGGUACCCCAACUCCACCCUUAUCUGGGAAAACUGGCCGGGCAUCCCCCUCACAGCAGAGCCAACCCGGCUGUUUUCGGGGCCAAAAGCGGAAUCAAAAGGGCUGGGGCCUCCCCGGGCAAGGCCACAAAUUUGAAACAGAAAAAAAGCCUGGCCCAGAGAAAAACCCAAAAACGAAAAUCAAGCAAACCCAAGGCUCUCCACCCCCCAGGGGACCCCGGGGAAAACCCGGACAGCCAAAGGAAAACCCCCCUCAAGCAUUGAGGAUCUCCCCAAUGGGAGUGCCAUCCCCAAACGCAAUAUUGCGUCAGGGGGCAUUGACAUCGCCCAGCUCCGGGAGACAUUACCCGGGGGAAGUUUUCCCGCUUCCCCCGGGGGUUUACUUUUCGCGCUGCCACGUUCCAUGGAAAAGAGGGCCCGAUGACCCUGGUGAAAGCAACAACUCCCUGCUCCGCAAUAGCCGUGCACCGCACUGUGGGGGAAGAUGUUGA